AUUCCACAACAUACCGCCACUAACACUAGCAUACACCAUCUCCUUUGUUCGUAUCGGAUACCUGCAGCGACACGACUAUCUGUCCAGGUGCUCCGCUCUCCUGUGAAAUUACAGCACACAAGCCAAAAAAGAAAAUCAGGGAAACAAGCUUCAAGUGCUAGCGAUGCCGAGCGGAGAGGUGCGCGUGUGUUGCGAGGAGCUGAUCGAGCCGAGCCCUAUUGACGAGGAGCCCGAACUCGAUGACCAGGAUGCCACACCUGGAGCCCACGAUAUGCUGAGGCCGUGGGAGGCGGACAACAGGCGCUGGACCUUUUCCGACUCCGCAAAGUCCCCGAGGCACAACCUCAACCCGUCCGCCACUCCCACGGGAGUUGGUUCUACUCACAGCUACCGAAGUCGGCCCAGAGCCUCGACCAUGAUGCGCCUAGGUGCCUCCGGACUGCCACCGAACCCGAAGUCUAAGCCGUGGCCGACACACCGCCGCUCCGAAUCCGACCUGGGGAGCAGGGGACGGAGCUUGUUUAUUGAUCAUGAGAGGCUGGGAUUUGAGACCCGUGGAAGGCAAGCCCUUUCUCGACCUCCCCGCUCGUCUGCGUCGCCCACUUUCGCAAUGAGGCGUCCGGACAGCUCAAACGGAAGCACCUCGACUGUUAUCCAGGCCCCUUUUGAUGGGCCAGACACAGGCCACGAGAGCUACGCAUCAGCCACCCGGGUUUCAGCGUCGUGCGAGGCUGGCAUGUCACCUCCGCCCGUGAUCCUGGUGCCUGACGCCCUCGAGUACCUGGACGAGGGCUCGCCUGAGGUGACAGAGGAGGCCAUCCGGAGAAGCGUGGAGGAGGCGGGGGCGGCUUCGUCGACGUCUUGGCACUUCGCACCACCCCUCGGCUCUUCCAGGUCGUCGACUCGAGGGUCGCCGUGCCGGCCUAGCCACAGGACGACGAGCCCGCACUCGCCAGGCAUGUCCAGCGCUGCCAGCGCCACGUCUUGCUCCGAGAUGGUGGGCGAUGAUCCCGAGACGGACCGCAGCAGCAGCCCCGAGCGGAGCGUCAACGGCAAUGGCGAUGCCUCGGAGCGCGAAUCACCCGUCAAGGGCGACUUCCUCACGGCACCCGAGUUCCGGCAGCCCAGAAACCUGCAGGAGCUUCAGAAGCUGGAGCAGGAGAUUAGCAGACAGCACCACAACCGCUAUGGCACUCCCGAGAUGCCCCGCGGCCGUGCGAGCAUCCCGCCCAGCGGUCGUACGAGCAUCCCGCCCAGGGCGCUCAACCCUCGAGGCCCCAGCCAGGAGGCCAUGAACCUGCCGCGCGCCGAGAAGCUCCCGCUCUCUGGAUACGAGCUCCUCGCCUCCUGUCUGUCGGGCCCAGAGCACUGCUUGGGCUGGCACGAAUCCGACCACAACCAACAGCAGCCGCCGGUGCACCGCACCCACCGACGCCAUGCGAGCAUGGGACCUCCAGCAGGGUCUGUGGGGAUGCCGGCGCCGUCGCCGUGGCUGCAGCCGCAUCAGCAACACCCGUCCAUCAAGCCCAUCUACCGUCGGUUCCAGGCACUCAGCCACCGCGUCCUCCUGAAUCUGCAAGACGAGCUGAGCGUGCUGGAGGAGCAGCUGCACCGCCUGGACACGGCCGACACGCAGGCGCGCCGCAUGCAAAGCCAUAUCAUUCCCGCCUCCAGGCGUGGAGACAACCCGCGCGGCGGGGAGCUGCAGGUCCAGAAGACCGAGGUCCUCCAAAAGAUUGAGGUCAAGCUCGGACAGUACAAUCAAGCGCUCGAGUCUUUUACCAAGACUCAGGGACUCUCGGUUCCGUCGACAAAGGAGGUGGACAACUACCGCACAUAUUUCGCAAUGGAGAACCCCAUCAGCGAGAUGGAGACUCGCUUUCUCGACUGCCCGUACGACCUCAUUUCUCUGGCUCCGGACGAGAAGUCGUCGGCACCCGUUUUCACCUACGCCACGGCGACCACGCGCAUAGGCCGUAGCCGCAGCCGCAGCGACCUGCCGCUUAGGAACCACCACUACGCUACGGAAAACUACAAGCAGGAUCAGGCCUCGGAUGACAACAACCCGACCCCAGUCCAGGGCCAGACACCAUUCCGGGCCUCUUCGCCGACGCCGACGGUCCUGUACCACCACCAGCGGCCCGACCCCGCCCGCUCCCUGUUCGCGACCUCGCGCCCCUCGCCCCUGUCGCGGCCGCCGACCACGGCCGCAAACGCCCAUCGGCGCAUCGGCUCCAACCUGUCGACGCGCUCGCCGGGCCUCGCCGACUGCCUCUCCUCGUCGUACCCCACGGACCGCACAGACCCGGGCUCGCCUAUGUCUACCAUGUCGCUGCACGACGGCGCCGACGCCAAGCCUGACCGCGCAGCUGCCGCGCGCCGCCCUGUGGUGCGCGUCGUCGUCGCCGGCACCGCCGCCGUCCUGGCGCCUGUGUCGGCAUUCACCGUCAUCCCGGGCUUCGCCUCGCGCAUGGCCGUCGUGCUCCUCGUCCUGGCGCUCGCGGCCGUCGUGUGCGGCGGCAGCGGCUGGGCCAGGCGGGCCAAGGGCGCUGCCACCGCCGCCGCUGCCAUUGAUAAAACCGCCCCCCAGGCCGCGACCGAGUCGAUCGACGACGAGGCGGCGCACGAGGGCAAGCAGGCCGAAGGGCCCGCCGCCGCCGCUGCGCUCCCUGUCGCCGCGGCAUCCUACUCAGUGGUCGGCGGCUUCUCGACGCAGGACCUGCUCCUCUGUGCUGGGGCUUAUGGGGGCGUCAUGGCCGUCAUCGCGGGCUCUUUUGCGUGA